AGACUUUAAUGCCAUGAGACACCUUCCAGUGUCCAGUGUUUCCACCUGUCGGUCGCAGCUUCGUCUAAUCUCAUCCACUCGCUCUUUGGAUCGCCUGCUGCCAUGAAGGCGCCUCUUGUCCUGCUACUGGUCCUCUCUCUGGCUGCCCACACUGUUCGUUCCUGUUCUGUCUGCAAAGGCUCUGCCCUCAAAUGCCACACGUGCGCAGCAUCCAGCGAGGAGGACUGCAACAAACAAGGCUCGGCCUCCUGCCCACAGUACGCUGACGCCUGCGCCACCAUCAGUGGACCACACACUGUACUCAAGUCGUGCACCUACAAGGCUUUCUGCGACAAAGCUCAGGGCAGCAACUCUGGAGCUAAGAUGGAGUGUUGCUAUGGCGACAACUGUAACGGCCCACACAGGAGCCACAGUCAUGGUGAUCAGCACCACAGCAGCACAGCAGCCCUGACCAGCAGCCCUGCCCUGCUACUCGGGACCCUGCUACUGCGUUUACCCUUCUGUCAUGUGUAGACACACCUUCUUGUUGAAAAUAUAUCCUCCCAAACUUCUCUUUUGGAUCCCAUUUAUUCUCUUUUUAUCCCUACUGUGCCCCACUGAGAUUUUUACAACCGCGUUCCAAUAUAGACUUACCUGUAGAUCUGUUAUUGUAGACCUCACCUGUAGUUACCUGUAGGCCUGAGGGGAUGCAUAGUUUAUACACAAACUGUGUCAUUUCAACAUCCCAAGUUACUUUAGUUCAUUACCUCCAUGCACCAAGGAAGUUGCUUUCAUCUUGUUUGUGCUUCUUGCAACUUCCUUUCAGCAUUGUUUAACAUAUAAACCUGGAUUUUUAAUCAGACAAUUUUUAAUCAUUGAAAUGAAAUGUUAAAAUUUGGACAAAUGUGUGCAUUAUUUAUGGCAUAUUUUAAUAAAAUAACCUUCGCAUUUUUAUCAAACUCAUUUUAAUCUUCAAAGGGAAACAGAAAUUAUGAUUGUUUAAAAAAUGGUGGCGAUCUCGCCACUUAUGAAGUAUGUAAAAAAUAAAAUAUGCAAACAGAAAUAAUUACAUAAUUAAUAUAAAUAUAUAUUAUAUAUAUUGUUAGUAUUUUUAAUUCAAUGUGCAAAAUUAACGUGUUCAGACCCUGUCAGAUUUCUCUGAUUGUUUCGAUUUUCUUUACAUUUUAUUCCCUUUUACAGCCUUUUAGUUGCUAAGUUUAUAGAUUGUAGUCGUUCACUCAUUGAUUUGGUUGUUGACAAAUGUUUUGUUUUGUAGAAGUGUGUUCACAUUAAGGAAAAAGGCAACGGUAAAAAAGAUGCUGUAAAAAUAUGAACUUGAAUGAAUUCAUGUGUUUUUCUUUAAUAUUGCUAUCAUGCUAACUGUAUUUACUAAGGAUGUCCUGAUCCACAUUUUUUGGCUUCCGAUUCGAUCCGAUUCUUUUUAUAGUCUUGCCGAUCGGAUCCAAUCCAGUACUGAAUCUUUUUUUUUAAAUAAUAAGCCGUAGUUACAAACAUGAAUUUGUGGAAUUGAAUAUGGUUAUGAAAAUAGCUCUUUGAAGCAACCAAAGUAUUGCUGAAUUUACUUUUUUGUUACACAGCAUGACCAACAAUAUUGUUUGGCUUUUGUAACAAACCUCUGUGAGUCGGGUUCCGAUCCAAUAAAAGAUAUACAUCCAAUAAGCGCAGUAGUAAUUUAUUGACGGUCCGUAGUGUAAACAACCAGUGGUUAGAGCAGCACUUCCACUAUUAUUUUCCUUGAUUACCAGUGUAGUUCAUGCAAGACGCACUUUUAUUGACAGCUCCUCGUUGUGUGCUGCAGUGAAAUGCGUCCAAGUGGAAACGGCUGAACUAAUGUUCUGCACCACAGAGCCGCGUUUGACAAAAUUGUCCCCCAGCCUUGGGGGUGGCCACUGAGGUGGCCAGAGAGUGACCAAGGGUGGCCACAGCCACCCCUGGUCACCCCGUAGCGCCGCCACUGGGCCAAGGUGAAACCAUUACUCACGUAGGAGUGGCAAUAAGUUCAUACCUGAAAUAUCUACAUAGCGAAUGGUGUGGCCGGAGAGUGACCAAGGGUGGCCACGGCCACCAUUGGCCACGACCAUUGACAUAGCAGUCCAGGCACAGUAAGGGGAACUACCGCUGUAGCUACGGAGCUGAAUGUCUAACGUCCAACAUGAAACUAACUUCACCACGGUACACCCCGGACAUGUCUGCAUGGUGGUGUUGCAUUUUCUUCUUUGGGAGUGGAAGGAGUCAAGUGGCAAUGAGCUUUGAGGUCCAUUACCGCACCCACCAUGUUCUAGUGUGGCCGAGAGUUAUGAACAUGAUACGCAACCGCGUCGGCCCGAUCUCAUGGCGGAAGCCAAUAUUAUCCGAUCUACAAAAUACAGCGGGGCAGCCGAUCCUGAAGAUUGGAUUGGGACAUCCCUAGUAUUUACAGCUUUAAUUGUUUAUGUUUAUUUCAUGUCAGCUUCACUGAAGAAAAGAUGCAAGGACAUCUUUUUUUUCUCUACAUACCUCACAGCAUGAUGCACUAGAUUGUGUGGUUAAUGUGGCAUUUACGACCUUGCGCUCGACCCUGAAAGGCAAGAGGAAGGAAAAGUCUAAUGAAGACAGUGCAACUCUGUGACAUGAGCUUGAACUGACAGGAUAAGAACGCUACCUCACUGAUUUCUUAUCCUGUCACGUGGCCCCUAAGCGGGUGAUGAUGUGCUACCAUUUCUUCUUAACAGGAGGUCACAGCUCUUCACCAACCAGAUGAUAAACAGAUUGUAGAUCGAUAGAUAAAGGGAACAAAUUCAGUGCAUUAAUAUAUUUAACUGCUUAAUAGGGGUGUAACGAUUCAUCUACUACAUCGAUGUAUCGAUUUAUUUUCCUAUGAUCCAACUACAUCGAUCUGUGUUUGGCAAGUUGCCAUUCCGGACGACAUAUAUCGACCUAACAUCUUUUAAAGGUACCGGUAAUCACUCGAUUGCAUUGAUACUAGGAAACAAAGCAUUGGAUUUCAGCAGGGCAGGCUUUAUAUGGACUAGCACUUUUAAUGAUAAAGAUGUUGAACGUUACUCGAUUCAGUCUGCCUGUCUGUGACGUCAUCUCCACAUGCCAGCAGACAACAAAACGUAGCAUGGUGGAUGGCAGAGGACAAGCCGGCGAGCGGGAAAUAAUUAAGCCACCAUUGCGGUCCAGUGUGUGUAAACACUAUGGCUUUUUCAAAGAGGGAGAUGUUCUAAAUAAGUCACUCGCUUUUUUUAGGACAUGUAAAAGUCAAAUAAAAUACCACGACAAAACGAACCACCUCCUAAGGCGCCAUGGGAUUUCACACAACGCUGACCAGCAGGUAAAACUACUGUUAGUUCAACGUGAAGAGAUGUUGGUUGCACUUUAUUUUGAUAUUAAUAUUGUAUUGUUUUUACUGUAUGUUGAAAAACAAAAGCUGAGGUAGGUGCUUUUAUUGAAAAUGUAUUGAAUAUUGAAAAUGAGAGCAGAAAAGGUUAACCUUCUGUUAAUUCAACCUGAAGUGUUGUUUGCCCUUUAUUCAAAUAAAAUGUGAAUGCAUUUGA